GCUGCUUCUGAUUGCUGUGUUUCCGGGCAUGUGCUGGCAGCCCUUCUCUCCCAUAUAUACUGCUGUUCGUCCGUUUGCGUCUGCCCUCCACCAGCUUGGAUUCUGCGCCAGCAUCUACAGAGCUCCGAGUUCCAGCCGCAUACGCGCCCACAUACAUAACUGUGUAUUACUUCCAGCUACAUCUCCUCAUCCCCUCUAUUUAUCCCACUUCUCAUCUCGCUCGCAUCUUGCCUCAACUCCCUUCACCCAGCAGUCCACAGACGGUACGGACCCCGCCAUGGACAACGACAAUGAUGCCAGCGUCAUGCCAGUGCCGUGGGGUCGCCUCAAGGCCUGGAUCGAAGCCCAAGAACAGGCAGAGGAGAGCGGCUUCAACUCCGAUCCGCCAUCAAAGGCGCAGGUCGCGGCGCUCUCUCACGUUGUCGACUUCUUGGACGGGCCGGAGCCGACUGCCGAGAUGAUUGGCAAGCUCGACUAUGUGAGCGAGCUAAUGCAGCUCGCCCAGAACAAACAGGUUGCUCCUCCAAAGUUCGAAGAAUUGACGCCCAUAGACGUCCCCGUUGACGGCGUCUUCUCGAAACGAUUCAGAACAGUCUGUUACCUUCCUGCUGCUAAUAACAAGCAAUUUCCCUGCUUGGGCCACGGACUCUACGACGGCGGACAAGCUCCGCUGUGGAAGUCGAAGAAGCUAUCCAAACAGUACGCAGCCAAAUGCGCAUACAAGUAUUGGAAAGCUCAUUCUGGAGCUUCUACUUCCAGCAAUGGCGGUGUCCGCUUGGCAAGUAACAGCAAUGGCAAUAACAAUGCCCGCGUCCGUUCCAACUCGUCUGCAAAAGCUCGGGCACCCUCUGGCAGCGCCCCUGGUACAUCACCGUCAUCAAGCACUGGCGACCUCACGACUGUCGAGGACACAGACUUCUACGACAGUGAAACACUCCCAUCCCUUCUGGACCAAGUCAAACGAGAAACAGCCUAUUUGAAGCUCGGCUAUCCCAACUUUGAGAUUUGGGCUGACGAGGAGAGCCCGGGGGCGUUUGCUGGGAAGCCCGUUUUUAGGAACAACAGCACCAUCCCGGCGGACAUGGGCCAUGUCAAAGGCGCUCUCACAAGGGCCCUGGCGAAGGAGCUCAUGGCUGAAGCGGUACUGAAAUUCUGUCAAACUUACCGGAAACGAAAGGAGGGCCUUGUGAAUACUUGGCGUGAGUAGAGCUCUGUAUUUUCGGCG